AUGGAAAGCAAGGUCAUUGUAAUCAAUCAUGGCGCACAUAGUUUGAAGCUUGGAUUGGCAUCGGACAACAUACCAAAGAUCAUUCCAAACUACAUUGCCAGGAGGAUCAAACCAAGUGUCACUCAACUGAAACAGCAGCAACAACUACUACAACAACAACAACAUAAUGUACAGAAAGUGCAACAACAUCAACAACAACAAGAUCAGAGACCGACAACAACAGAGGAAGUGAAGAAUGAACAAUCAUCAUCAAUGACAUCAGAUAUAACAAAAGACCCAACUGAUAUGUUGGUCAACAAACCAAUCAAUGGUGAUCAACCUCUCGAAUCAUCAAAUCCCGACAUCACUCAAUCAAUCAAGUCCGAGGCUACAUCAGUUGACAUCAUCAAUUCGGAUGGAUCCUCCACUACUGGCACUCAAUCAACAUCAACAGAAAACGAUACCAACUCAACAUCAACAUCGACAUCAAUGGAUACAGACUCCAAGCCACAUCAAGAAGAUACAAAGAUAAGCGAGAUGGCGAAGCCUGUUGAGGACGCCCCACCACAAACACUAUCACAGCCACAACCACAGCCAAGCACUGUUGAGAGCGAACCAAUGAACUUGGAUGUUGGCGGUGGCACCAAUGACAACGAUCAAUCAAUGCUACUUGAUGUGGACGACUCUUCUGCAGUAUCUACCAAUGCUCAUUCAUUGCUUUCACCAGCUGAUGUGGGCACGAUCAAUGGUACAGAUCAACAAGCCAGCAGUGCGUCUGCGGCCAUCGAGCUGACUGGCAUCACUCCAGCACUCUCUGACGAUAUCCUUCGUCUCAAGAUCAGCUCAAUCAAAGAUAUACAACAGACCAUGAAGGAUGCGGCCAAGUCACUGCCGCUGAUCAACAAGGAUGUGGUGGUCAAUGCCAAGUUACCAAAGCAGGCAACAAUAUAUAAUGAGUCUAACUCGAUAGCGAUAGAGACCGACACGACGGGCAAGAAGAGGAAGAAGAAGAGGAAGACUAUGACUGCGACGGGCAGCACCAACAACGAUCAGGUGGCGCCCGAGCCCAAGCGUGGCGCAUCCAGUGCUCAGUCCCUCCUGGAGGGCGUCCAGGCAAUCGAUCUGGAACAGGUCGACUACUGUAUUGGCGAUGAUGCCAUUCGUGCAAGCAAGGACACCGAACACUGGGUAUGCUACCAACCCCUUAUCGCGGCCACACUAUUCAACGUCACCAAGAACAAGUCACUUCGACACCUGCUCGACGACCUUGUCCAAAUGUGGAAGUUCGCCAUCCAACGUUAUCUCAACAUCUCGCCUCAAGAGCUCAACUCAUAUGGAUGUGUCUUUGUUGUUCCAGACAUAUUGGACAGGAGAGAGCUCAAGGAGGUGACGAACUUGCUGCUGAGGGAGAUGCCAUUCACCAGUGCAUUGCUGUAUCAAGAGUCGGUAUGCUCGAUCUUUGGCGCAUCAGUGGGCACAGCAUGUGUCGUGGACAUUGGCCACAAGUCAGUGACAAUAUCAUGUGUGGACGAAGGCUAUUUGAUACCGCAAUCACGUAUCCAUUUGAAGUAUGGCGGUGAGAGUAUCACCAGGCUGUUGGCAUACCUCCUAUACCAGGCGGACCAAACAGACACUCAUCCGCCGGUCCACAAGUAUCACUUCCCCGUACCCUACUGCGACCUUGACUUGGCCUACUACUUCAACCAAAUGGAGACCAUAAAGAAUGAGAAUGCCAACUUGUACUUGAAUGAUGAAGGCAGGAUCAGACAUUCAACGCUGGGCGUGAAGGAAACACCGCCACAGGCAACAAGCCAGACAACAGUGAGAUACUCGUUCAAUGGAGAUGAGGCGUAUAAGGUGGCCACAAUGUCAUUAUUCCACCCGAAUAGUUUAAAGCCAUUCCGCGCAGACAUUUCUCCUCUGACAGACUAUGAGGAGUUGUUUGAUGACUCCAAACAACAGGAGGCAGCAGGCGGCGAGAGGAAUCUGGUCUUGCCACUGGACGUGGCCAUACACAAAUCAAUCAAGCAAUCAGUCGAUCGUUCGGACUUUAGGAAGAAGUACUACAACAACAUAUUGGUCGUUGGAGGUGGUGCACUGAUCGCUGGUCUGGAGGAUAUGUUGAAGCUCAGGCUACAAUCGCCACAAGAAGAUACCAGCUCAUCUUCAUCAUCAGCAACGACAACGACGACUACCACCGCACCACCAACAACAACAGCAGCUUAUACACAGAAUGUACGACAGGACAUGGAUGUUAGGAAUAUGAGCUGGAAGGGUGGUGCCAUCCUUGGAUGUUUGGAGAGCUCCAAAGAGAUCUGGAUCACAAGGAGUGAGUGGAAGGAGGGCAUGAACUCAAGCAUCAUUAAAGAUAAGUUGAGCUUUUAA